CUUUCAGAUACACCUGUGUAAAUUGUGUAGACUAAAAGACUGUUAUUUUCUAGACUAAAAGAGAUGCAUGGGAUAAAAUGGUAACCUUGGGAAAAACACCAGAAGAGCUACGACUCACUUACACUGAAGCACAACAAAAAGCCUUAAGAACAACAACCAAGUCAUCUGCACAAGUGGGUAGGAAACAGUCUCUUCAAUUGAAUGGUGGUGCACAAGAGGCAUUGCGAAAAAUGGUUCAAGUUUCCUGGGAAAAAAGAAGAAAUUCCACUCUUGCAGAUAUCGGUCUUUUAAGGCAUUCUGAUACAUCAAAGACUGAAGUAGAAAAUUCCCUUCCAACAGAAUCCCCUAAAAGAACUCCAAGUCCGAGGCAAUGUGAGCCCAUUGUUGAAGAAGAUGCAAAAGAAUCAUCCCCCGAAACAGAAUCAGCAUCUGAAUCCGACAGAUUGGCCGCCCAAGAAAAUGAAGAUGAAGAGGAUGAAAAUUCACCAAUUCUUCGCCUAACAGACAAUCGAUUGAAAACAUCAUCAUCAUCUGGAAGUGACGUGGGAGAGUCUAGAUUAACAGUUCUUCAAAACGAAUUAAUAUCCGUCAAGUGCGAGCUUGCUAAGUGCCUGAAUAGAGAGAAAAGCUGCAGAUUAGCUCUUGAAGCAAAGGAAGUUGAAGUAGCAAAACUAAAAGCAGAAAGGGAAUUCGAGAAAAAGAAGAAAGAAUUACAAGAGCUUCGUUCCAAGUUAGAGAUGCUUCAGAACCGAAAUCGCUUCUUAAAUGAUGAGAUUCAGAAACUAUCCCGAAUGUUGCAGCAGGAGCAAUUCCGGAAUCACAGUAAGCAAUUGAACUUACACGAGAUGUCCGCUGAAGUAGACCAACUAAAACGUGACUACGUGUUUCUUUUACAAUCCUGUAUUCGUAUCACCUGUACGGAUGGUCCUGAAAUGAUGGAAUUGUAUAUGUACGGAGAGAAGAGGGUAAGUAAUUUUGGGCAGAGAUUUAAUCAUAACAUUAAUUCACAUCCAUUACUUAGAUGGAAAGUGAAUCUUAUAAAAAUACUUGUAUUGGGGGGGGGGCUAUACAUUUCCAUUCUUGAGCAUAAACAAAGAGUGUUUACCCUUCUGGAAGAAGCAAGACGCACAGAUCCUUCUUUACCUAACCUUGAAGGAAUGACAACGUCAUUGUGCCACGUAGACUCUUUAGGUUUCAAGCAUAUGUUUGUUGAUAAAAGUCUUAUAUUACACUAUGUGUGUAGACAACUUCAUAGACAUUAUUCAACACAAUUAAGGUCUCAUGAGAGGCACCUGACGGCAUGGAAAAAAUUUUUAAGAAAACACCAGAAUACAUUUCUUCAACCAACACCAGAGUUAAAAUCACUGGUGCGUCAAGGGGUUCCUGAGAAACUGAGAGGAGUUGUAUGGAAAGCACUCUAUAGGAUGAAAAUACGCGACCUAAGAGAAGCUAAAGGACCAAAAUAUUUCGAAAAGUUAUGCAGUAAAGACUCAGAAGCUGAGAUACCAGAAAACCAUAAGCGCCAAAUUUCGUUAGAUUUACUCAGGACAAUGCCAAAUAAUAUUCAUUUUUGUGAUAGAAAUUCUGAAGGUAUUCGGAAGUUAGAGUCGGUGCUCCACGCUUUUUGUCUUCACAAUCCAAAUUUAGGUUACUGCCAGGGAAUGAACUUCUUAGUUGGAAUGAUGUUGCUCUUUGUUGAUGCUGAAGACGCAUUUUGGUGUUUAGUUGCAAUAAUGGAAAGAUAUUUUCCUUCGAGCUACUUUGAUCAGAAUUUAAUUGGUGCUCAGGCAGAUCAAGAGCUUCUGAAAGAAUUGUUAAGUGAAAAACUUCCAAAAAUAUCAAAACAUCUAAACGCCUUAAACGUCGAACUGAGCACAGUUACACUUAAUUGGUUUCUCUCCAUCUUCAUUGAUUCUGUUCCGAUAGAAUGUUGA